GCUUCAUGUUCAGUUUAUAAAACUGAAAGCAUGCUGAGUAAUAAUUUAUUAGGAAUUGCUAUCCGGAAACAUUUUGUACCAUUCCCUCUCUUUGCUCGAUUUUGUAGUACUGUCGAUGAUGGAAAAGAUGGCUUACAGAAUGGACAUGCGGAAGAACUAAAAACAACAGUUAAAAUUGUUUCUAAACUUCGGAAGAUACCGAAAAGUACACUUCAUAGAGUAUCAGCAAUUGAAAAUCUACAGUCGGAAAACAUUCGAAAGAAGUCGUUGGAAACAAAGCAGAAAAAAGAUUGGAAAAUACCAAAGCCAAGUGAAGUAACUACAGAAGAAGUUUUAUCAGCCGUUAAUUCAGUCAUCGAAGACCUUCAUAAAAAUGAUAUAGCCAAUCAAAAAAAGACGAAAAGCGAGCUGGUUGAAAAGUUAAUGGAAUAUGAAAAAGAAAAUUUUGAAGCUGCAACCAGUGCACAGUACGGUGAAAUGUUGUCCGAUAAGGUUUUUGCUAGUUUUUUGGCGAGUGUCAAGGAAGAAACAAUAAGACCUCCUCCAAGAGCUAUCGAAAUGAGACGAAUACGCCGAGGAAUGCUGCUUUUAAAACGCGAAAUAUUUUAUCAAGCUCUUCAGUCUGGUCAUAAAGCUGAAAAUGCGCGGGAGAUCGCGGAACGUGCUGUAAAGAUAGCUGAACAAAGAGCUGUUAAAAAGCAUGAAAUUUUGGUUGAGAAUUAUACAGAAGAACAGAAAGAAAAAAUGUUAAAGGAAGUUGAACAAACUAAGAAAGAAAACGAAUUCUAUGAUGUCGCGUUGCAACUAGCAAGCAAAAUGCUUUAUCCGAAAGAUUUAUCAUCGUAUGUGCCUGAUGUAUCCUCUUUCAAUAUUAUCCAUCCUAGUCUUAAUGUCCAAAACAUAUUUGACGACAAGACAGACAGAUUAGACGUUUUUGACUCAGCAAAGAAAUUGGAAUUAAAAAACCAUUCACUAAAACAGUGGUGUGAUUGGGACCGGAAUGCUGCGAAGAUUUGGAAUCAAUCGUUUGGUCCAACGAACGCUUUCGAAGAAAUGAUAGAACUUACGGAAGAAGGAAAAAUGUGGCCCUAUCCCGUUAACAAUGAGUAUCAGAUUGGCUCGGAAGAAAACGUUGGUUUUUACGAACAUAUUUUUUUGGAUAAAUAUUUGCUUCAGUACGACCUACCCAAAGAAGGACCAGUUGCCCAAUUCAUGGAACUGGUUUGCGUGGGAUUAUCUAAAAACCCUUUCAUGUUUGCCAAUUAUUUCAAGGAGAAAGCGGAAGAAAUUAAACGCAUGCAGGAGGAUAUGGGAGUUGCCGUUGACGGUUCCAUAUAA